AUGUCACAGCGCUCGGUCUCGCUCCCUUUUGAGAAAAGGUUGAUUUUCUUUGUUGACGUGGUUGCAGCGACGUUGUGGUUUUGCUGCUUGGCCCGGUUCCUCAUACUUUUGCCGUUGGUGGGAAGGAGGUUUUUGCCGGGUGGAAUCGCCGACUUUUUCCAUGUUGUCUCGUUGACACCUUUGAUGGCAACACUGGCUGUCGUCUUGUUUAACCAGCACAAGAGACCCUUCAAGGCGUACUUUUGGUCACUUUUGAACGGCCUCAAGAUGGCGUGGAUAUGCUAUGGAGUCAUAUUUCCGCACCCCAAGAUCGCCAAGCACACCGCUUACUCGUUCUUGAUCACAGCUUGGUCGACCCAGUACUUUCUCCACUUCACAUACCUCGCAUUUCGUGAACGAACAAGGUCAUCGCCGUUUUUCUUGUUCUGGGCUCAAUACAACAAUUUCUACGUCACUUACCCCGUGGAAUUGGUUGCGGAGAUGCUGAUGAUCUUUUUGAGUUUGGGCUUCUUGACAGAGGAUAGCUACUACGCAAUAGUUAUCAAGGCUGUCUUUGUUUCUUAUAUUCCAAUUGCAUAUUUUGCCUGGGGUCAUUUAAAGAAGAGAAAAGCGGUAAAGUAUUCCGAGGUGGCGGAGAAAUUGCGAGCGGCACGCCGUAACGAGCGCGAGAUGAGGUCUCCGGGAGUUAGGGGAUAG